AUCGGUAGGAACUACAGUGCCCCGUCAGAGCUACUUCUCAUCGGCUUCUCCUCCUUCCCGCCCCGCCUCCUCCCGGCCUUCUUUCUGGUCUACCUGCUCAUGUACCUGUUCACCCUGCUGGGCAACCUGCUGAUCACGGCCACCGUGUGGAGCGAGCGCGGUCUUCACAAGCCCAUGUACCUCUUCCUGUGCGCCCUGUCCGUCUCCGAGGUGCUGUUCACCAUGGUCAUCACGCCCCGCAUGCUGGCCGACCUGCUGGCCGCCCACCACACCAUCUCUUUCAGGGCCUGCGCCGCCCAGAUGUUCUUCUACUUCACCUUCGGCUACACGCACUCCUUCCUGCUCACGGCCAUGGGCUACGACCGCUACGUGGCCAUCUGCCACCCGCUGCGCUACCCUGUGCUCAUGGGCGCCCGGGGCUGCGCCCGCCUGGUGGCCUGGUCCUGGGCGGGGGGCUCUGUGGUGGGCACCACGAUGAUACUGAUCAUCUUCCGUCUCCGUUUCUGUGGCUCCCGCGUGAUCCACCACUUCGUCUGCCACGUGCUGUCCCUGUUGAAGCUCACCUGUGGGCAGGAGACCUUCCCCGCCACGGUGGCCGUCAUCCUGGUGUGUGUGUCAGUCCUGCUGGGCUGUCUGCUCUCCGUCGCCCUCUCCUACGCCUUCAUUGUGGCCGCCAUCCUCAAGAUCCCGUCCACCGAGGGGAGACACAAGACCUUCUCCACCUGCGUCUCUCACCUGACCGUGGUCAUCGUGCACUACGGCUUCGCCUCCGUCAUCUACCUCAAGUCCACGGCUCCCCGCUCUGUGUACACAGACACCCUGCUGUCCACCACCUACACCGCCCUCACCCCCUUCCUCAGCCCCAUCAUCUUCAGCCUCCGGAACAAGGAGCUCAAGGCAGCCAUCCAGAAAUGUAUCCACAGGAAAGUCCGUCUCUUGGGUUCUUGA